CGAGGCCGCUUGUUCCCACCCACCCGGGACACAUCCUGCUGUCCCACUCAAUGGGGGUGAGGAGCCGGCACGCUCGGAACUCGGGCCAAUCACCGCUGAGCUAUCAGAGGCCGCUGUGCCCGGCGAGCCAAUAGACGGGGGCGUUACUUGACGCUGGCUGGGAUGGCGGCCUGACGCGUGCCGGGGCCGCUGCUGUGCAUUCCCGCACAUCCCGCCCGGAGCGGCGUGGCCGGGCAGCUCCGCAUGGCGCGUUAGGCAUGGCGCCCGGGCCGGCGGCGAGGCUUUAAACCGCGCUCUUGCCUGGCUGCAGCCCACGUCGCUCCGUGGCUCCCCGCGGCGGGCAGGGGAAGGCACGGGCGCUGUCUCGAAGGCGGUGACACACGCCUGGCUCCAGCAGCAGGGUGGGCGGGGCAGGGCCGCAGGUCCGGCCCUCACUCAGACCCUGGGCUCCCCGCCGACUCUGCAGAGCCUGAACGCGAGAGCCCCGUUCCCAGCCCUUCCCCGGCGGGGAGAACCGGCCCGGCCGGCACUGCAGGGCCGCCCCGCCUCGGCCCGGAGCUCCCGCGGGUGUCCGGGCCCGCCCGGAAGGGGCGGCGGCCCCGGCGAUGGCGGACGAGGCGCUGUUCCUGCUGCUGCACAGCGAGAUGGUGGCGGGGCUGUACCGCGCCGCCGAGCAGGGCGAAGGGGUGAGUGGGGCCGGGGCCGCCCCGGGGCCGGCGGCAGCGGCCGGGGCUGACGCUGCGGCCGCGGCGCCUUGUGUCUUGCAGGAGAACGGGCGCUGCACCACCAAGCUGGAGAGCAUGGGCUUCCGCGUCGGGCAGGGGCUCAUCGAGAGGUUUACAAAAGACACUGCCAGGUUCAAGGAUGAAUUAGACAUUAUGAAGUUCAUUUGCAAAGAUUUUUGGACAACAGUAUUCAAAAAACAAAUAGAUAACCUAAGGACUAAUCACCAGGGUAUUUAUGUCCUUCAAGACAAUAAAUUUCGUCUCUUGACACAAAUGUCUGCAGGGAAGCAGUAUUUAGAACAUGCACCAAAGUACUUAGCAUUCACCUGUGGACUAAUCAGAGGAGGCCUAUCAAAUCUGGGAAUAAAGAGUAUUGUAACAGCUGAAGUUUCAUCAAUGCCUGCAUGCAAAUUUCAGGUCAUGAUACAGAAGAUGUAGAGCACAUUAAAAUCUGGGUAUCUACUUUAAAAAGCUUUUGUAUGUGGAUUCAGUAUCCUGACUCAGUCUUGUAUAUAACAUGUAAAUUAUAGCAGUGUGCAGCACAAUUCCAAAAUAUAUAAUAAAUGCUCGUCAAAAUAACUUAA